AGCACAUGAAACACACCACAUCUCAUCUGACGUUUGCAUGCCGAAAAUCAGUUGUCAAUUUAUUUUCAAUCCAAUAACAUACUAGAUUUUCUUGUUAGUUAUAAUUUUUUAUUGUUAAUCGUAUUGUGUUCAAUGGCUGAAAUAGCAGAAAGCUACAGCAGUAAAGAUGAAGACGAGGAGAGCAGUGAUGGUGAGCAUGCACAAGGCUUGCAAUCCACUUCUACGGGAUAUCAAAAUAUGCGAUUGCAACAACAGGUAGUCUCGCUUUCGGCCGAGAGUGAUGACAGUGAUGAGCCCGCUCCUAAGCAAGCACGAUUAACUGCCUACACUGCCAAACAAACAGAAAGCACUACAAAUGAAGAAAGUGACAGCGAUCCGGCCGAUGAUGUCGCCGAACCCAUAACCGAUGGCAACAUGCGCGUUGUGGCUUCGCAUUACAAUGAAUUGAAAGAAACCGGGCGCAAGGAACGCCUCAAGUCACGCAUUGUUUAUAUGCGUAACUUUAACAACUGGUUAAAGAGUCAACUAAUCGCCGAGUAUUUGGCACGCAUCAAAGAACAACAACGUAUAGGUGACCCUAUGCGUGUGCUAGAUUUAUGCUGUGGUAAAGGUGGUGAUCUCCUCAAAUGGGAAAAGGCCAAUAUAACACAUCUAAUUUGCACCGAUAUUGCUGAGGUGUCAGUGGAUCAGUGCAAAAAGCGUUAUGAAGAAAUGCAAACGCGUGCGGACAAAUCGAAGUUCGCCAAUAAAUUUUCCGCAGAAUUCUUUGCAUGUGAUGCCACAUUGGUGCGUCUACGUGAGCGUUACAAGGAUAAAUCGCUUAAAUUGAAUUUGGUGUCAUGUCAAUUUGCAUUUCACUACUCCUUUGAGUCUCUCACACAAGCCGAGUGCAUGGUACGCAAUGCGGCUGAAUGCCUGCAACCGGGCGGUUAUUUUAUAGCGACAAUUCCAGACGCAAACGAAAUAAUGCGUCGUUUACGUCAAUCACAUAACCCGCGCAGUAUCGGCAAUGAUAUCUAUAAAAUCGAUUUCAUAUGUGACACAGAUCCGCCACCGCUUUUUGGUGCUAAAUAUCAAUUUCAUUUAGAGGGCGUCGUCGAUUGCCCCGAAUUUUUGGUGCAUUUUCCAACGUUGGUUAAACUGUGUCGCAAAUAUGGUUUAAAACUUGAGCGAAAAACAACUUUUGCCGAUUACUACAAAGAGUCGUUGGAUAAGGGGCGCGCGCUGCUACAACGAAUGAAUGGUUUGGAAACCGUUGUACCAAAUCGGCGAGGGAAAGAUCCCGAAUUUCAGCAUUUACAGGCAUUUUUCAAAGGAGGUUCUUCGAAAUCCAUAGGAACGCUUUCGCAGUCGGAAUGGGAAGCUACAACACUUUAUCUGGUGUGCGCAUUCCGUAAAUGCAAAAACACAUGGGACAAUGAGGGCAAACCCGUUUUUGAGUUCGACUAGUACCAUAUAACAGGGUCCUUGGUUGGAGCUAUAAUUGUUGGUUUAAGUGUUUCUACUUCUAAUGAACAGCAAUAAAACUUAUUUUACAUGUUUAAAAACUUUUA